GCCGAGCCGCGGUCAUGCCCGCCGCCGCCGCUCCACUUCUGCCGCCGCCGCCGCUCCAACUUGGCGGCUGAGCCCUUCCUCGACAGCAGGAUCGCUCCCCCUGCCACCAGCAGCAUGGAGAGUGUGCGCGAGCUCCAGAACCCCCUCCUGGCCAAGGCCAACGGGCACCUUCGCAGCAGCUAUUCUUACCACCAGCAUCACAGCCAGGACUAUUCCAGUCAUCACUGCCAAGGGAAACUGUAUUCCUACAUCUUCCAAAACACUGGUGGUGCCAGGACUCACCAGCUGCUGGAUGCCAGUUCCCUGCAGCUGGCUGUUGAAGCCUUGUAUGGCCCAAAUUUCAUCCUUGUGAAGGAUGAGACCGCGCUCAAGGCCAAGGACAGCAAGAUGGAAAGCUGCGAGACCACCUUUACAGAAAGCAAAGAGGCUCCAUCUGAAGGUCCUGAGGGGCAUGAGGUGCAAGGGUCCUGCCUGGUAGAGAGUGAUAUCCGCAUCCAAACUGUGUCCUAUGAGGUGGAAGAAGAGGAGCUCCAGGAGUAUGAGAGCGACUCCUCCAGCGACAGCGAAAGUGAGGAUCAUUUCCUGAUGCUUCCCCCUCGGGACCACCUGGGCUUGGCCCUCUUCUCCAUGCUGUGCUGCUUCUGGCCCCUGGGCAUUGCUGCCUUCUACUUCUCCCAGGGGACCAGCAAGGCUGUCUCCAAAGGAGAUUUCCACCUGGCCAGUUCAGCUUCCCGCCGAGCUCUCUUCCUCGCUGCGCUCUCCAUAACCAUCGGCACAGGAGUGUACGUCGGGGUGGUGGUAGCUCUGAUUGCUUAUCUCUCCAAAGGGGGCCAUGUAUAGCUGCCACCUGCACCUCAGUGUCGUCCCCAGCUGCCAGCCCUCCUGGGAUUGAGCUUUCCUAUGGAGCAGGGGGCACCAGUGCCUGCAAGGGCUGCUUGCAUGGCCGGACCCUGGCUUGGAUGCCCUGCACAAGCUCUUUCCCCUUGCAAACAAACAGUAGACCCCUGACAACCAGAAGGCUGUGGGGUGCCACCAUCUGACAGCAGGGAAUUUGACACUGUCCUGGCUGCUGUGACCAGGAGGAGCAACAGGAAGACAUGCAGGAAAGAUGCUGCAUCCUGCUGCUAGACUGGUGCCAUCACAUCUGCUCUGGGGCCACGGCUUCCCCUCCCAGCCCCACAGCUGUGAGAUCCACUGCUGGUGCCCAUGCUUGGCCCACGCAGAGAGCACACAGGGAGGAGAGGGGAUAUGGCACCAGGGAGUGACCCUGGGAGGCUGGUCUUCAGACACUGGUGGUGGGGCUAACGUUCUUAUUUCAGUGCCACUGUGCGACACCUGGCCCCUCAGCUGCAGAAAAGUAGGAGGACAAAGCAUGGACGUGACUGAAGGGCAUGCUCUCCAUAUCCCUCUGCAGACAGACUCCUGAUCCAGGGGACAUCCCACUCAUUGGCUUAUCCCAGGCAAGAAAGGAGGAUGAAGGCAGGCUGGUGGCUGCAUACCUAUCACUUCCAUAGUUGGAGCAAGCUGGCAAAGACAGUGAGGUUUUCUCCGUGAUAAUAAUGAUUGUCAUGAUAAUUGCAAGUCAGAGUCCCCAUAAGGUUGGCAUCCCGCAGUGCUGGGCCCUGGAAAUCACUUGCAAUGGCAAUUUCUGCCCAAGAAACUACCUGGGAGGGCUGGGGUCUGAGGGACUUUACUCUCAGCACUAGGUCAGGGCCUUGUACAGAAAGAGAGAUGGAAAGUAAAGGCCAACAUGACAUGCAGAGCCCAGGGUGGGAGUGCUGUUUGCAAGGGGGUGAGAUCCAGAGAGGAGAAGGCUUGGAGGGAGCCUGAGACACAGAAGUGACCCAAACACACUUCUUCCUGUGCCUUGGGGAGGGGUAUCCCCAUCUAUCCUAAGGCUCUGCUGACAAAGAGAUCCCACACAUCCCUGCCUACAUCUUACUUUUGCUAAUUCAUCUGUUGUCAGUGACACAAGUCCUGCAAAGAUGGGUGUGAAGGCACUGACUGCCCCAAAGGGAUGGUGUCAAACGGCCCUGCCUCACCCACCUCUCCAACAUCCACCCUGACCCACCCUUGCCCUGGUCACAGCUCCUCUGCCACCUCCUUUCCCUGUGUGCAGGAGGCUGCAGGCAAGCUCUGGGUGCCCAUAAUGCCCUCAUCAGGGUUUCUGGGUGGUCUGCAGCCAGCUCUGCAAGGGGUGCAGCAUGUUCCUCGAGCUGGCUGCCAUUCAAAUGUACAUUUCAUCAUAGAGAAGCAUGUUAAUGUCUGCAAUUGCUGUUGUACUUGAGCCAUGAAAAAGAGAAGCACAUCAGAGACUUGUUCAGAAGCUGUUCUGAAAGUUCCCAUUACAUUUUAUAACAUGGAGAAGCUAAUAAAAGAA